UGUUACAUCCGGUUCGACCUCGUCACAAGUCACACUCGCAGAGUUUACCGGCGACAGAUCAUCACACACUCCAAAAUGUCCAGCAAGAAAGAUAAAGCACAGAAAUCAUUAACCAAAGAAGAGGAGCUUCUUCUUCAGGACUUCAGCCGUAAUGUGUCCACAAAAUCCUCGGCGUUGUUCUACGGCAAUGCCCUGAUCGUGUCGGCAAUUCCCAUAUGGCUGUUUUGGAGGAUUCAUCAGAUGGACCUUUAUCAGUCAGGAAUUCUGUUUGCUGUAGGAACGCUUGUCAGUACAUACCUUGUGGCUUUUGCUUACAAGAACGUCAAAUUUGUCCUCAAGCACAAAAUUGCCCAAAAGAGGGAGGAUGCUGUCACCAGAGAAAUGACCAAAAAGUUCUCCGAUGACAAAAAGAUGACAAGAAAAGAAAGAGAUGAAAGGAUCCUUUGGAAGAAGAAUGAGGUUGCUGAUUACGAGGCGACCACCUUCUCCAUCUUCUACAACAACGCCUUCUACCUGGUGCUCCUCAUCCUCUGCUCCUUCUACGUCCUCAAGAACUUCAGCCCAAUGUUUAAUUACCUGAUGUCUGUGGGACUAGCCGCUGGACUUCUGGCCCUGUUCUCUACCAGUAACAAAUGAAUUACCGCCCAAAUAGAGCAACAACAGCUGGCGUGUGUGGGGAAGAGGGAACCGCCUGGUCAAAUUGACAGCCACAAAAGUCAUCAAAACACUAUCACUUACUUUUAUACAAAAAGUCUUGUUUCAGUAGUUAAAAGUUUUUGUAUAUUUUUUAUGGACUUCUUAAAAUUGUACUAUAAAACAUUUGGUAUAAAACCUAAGAGAAAGAAAGAAAACUUUUUGUUGUAGAAUUAAAUUUUAAUGAACUUUU